CACUGUAGCUCCUGUCUCAGUCUUAACCUCUCAGUAGAUGAUAUGCAGCAGAGAUGCAGCCAAGGUAGUAUCGAACUAAACUCAAGAUAUCAGUUGCAGUUGCAUCAUUCUUUAGUCUUUAACAGAAGUUACAUGUUAGUGGUUUAAGAGUUUGUCCAUACAAUCGUUUUGAUUGGAACAGUUUAGUCCUGCAUAUAUGGCUGCAUUAAAGCUACAGCUAAAUUAAUGUUAUUGUUUAGGCAGAGUAGAACUUAUGGUGUGCGUUGAUUUGAAAGAAAAGUGCCACUAAUACUGACUGAUACAUCUGAGGAAGGAUGGUGAAAGGAGGAGCACAGCUGAGUGCACACAGGAAAAGGGGCUUUUGGAGCUGAAGCAGUGACGCGGAAGAAACUUGAAGGACCCUCUUUUGCAUUCUGCGGUUGUCUUCACCUGCCCUCGCUGUGAAUUCUCUUUCUACCGGCGCAGAACUCUUACCUCGGCUGACACCCACCUUUCUAAUUGUGUGUUGGCACCGGCUUUUCAGCACCCCGACGAGCAUCAGUCUAGAGACGAGGAUGCUGCAGAGUGUGUGGACUUCCCUAUGCCAAUGGUUUGUGGGAAGGACAGAGUGUGAGCCCGUGGGAACCCAGUCACCGGAGGAGAGCGAAGCGGAGGUUUCAGUCAGUGGAAAGACUGCCAAGAAAACUGGACUCGAGGGAGACCUUGACACAUCUGCCAGGGAUGACAAGGGCAGGAGUGAUGGUGCACCUGCGAAGAAGACCACAGUGUUAAUCAUGGUGGUGCCCCCUGAUGGCUUUCAACAGAAAAUAGUGAAAGCGGGAGACAAGGACCUGGAUGGCCAGCUGGAUUUUGAGGAGUUUGUCCACUACCUGAGAGAUCACGAGAAGAAACUUCGGCUGGUCUUCAAGAGCCUGGACAAGAAGAACGAUGGUCACAUUGACUCGCAGGAAAUCAUGCAGUCCCUUCGAGACCUGGGGGUUAACAUCUCUGAGCAGCAGGCUGAGAAGAUCCUCAAAAGCAUGGACAAGAACGGCACGAUGACCAUCGACUGGAACGAGUGGAGAGACUACCACCUGCUGCACCCUGCUGAUAACAUUCCUGAGAUCAUCCUGUACUGGAAACACUCUACGAUCUUCGAUGUUGGGGAGAGUCUGAUGGUCCCAGAUGAGUUCACCGCCGAGGAGAAGAAGACUGGGAUGUGGUGGCGACACCUAGUGGCUGGAGGGGCAGCUGGCGCCGUGUCUCGAACCUGCACAGCACCUCUGGACCGGCUCAAAGUGCUCAUGCAGGUUCACGCCACCCGUACCAACAGCAUGUGCAUCGCCGGCGGCUUCACCCACAUGAUCCGUGAGGGCGGCAUGAGGUCGCUGUGGCGAGGCAAUGGCAUGAACGUCAUCAAGAUUGCCCCCGAGUCGGCCAUCAAGUUCAUGGCUUACGAGCAGAUCAAACGGUUGAUAGGCAGCAACCAGGAGACCCUGGGCAUCCUGGAGAGGUUUGUGGCUGGAUCCCUGGCUGGAGCCAUCGCUCAGAGCAGCAUCUACCCCAUGGAGGUGUUAAAGACCCGCCUAGCCCUGAGGAACACGGGACAGUUCUCUGGCAUCGUUGACUGUGCCAAACACAUCUUCCGGAAGGAGGGCAUGGCCGCCUUCUACAAGGGCUACAUUCCCAACUUGAUAGGCAUCAUCCCCUACGCUGGCAUUGACCUGGCCGUCUACGAGACUCUGAAGAACUCAUGGCUGCAGCGCUACGCCACAGACAGUGCAGACCCCGGGGUGUUUGUCCUUUUAGCCUGCGGUACCACUUCCAGCACCUGUGGCCAGCUGGCUAGCUACCCCCUGGCCCUGGUCAGGACCCGCAUGCAGGCACAAGCCACCAUCGAGGGCGGUCCCCAGAUGACCAUGUCAGGGCUGUUUAAACACAUCGUGAAGACUGAGGGCGUGUUUGGACUCUACCGGGGCCUGGCCCCGAACUUCAUGAAGGUCAUUCCAGCAGUCAGCAUCAGCUACGUGGUCUACGAGAACCUCAAGAUAAGCUUGGGGGUCGUGUCUCGGUGAGGACCAGGAGGAAAGGGAGAGAGCAUCUCCCCUAAAAACCAAACGGUUAUUUUUUGCUUUUCUUUUUGGAGAGAAAAAAAGGAGAGCGAAGAGUAGGAGACUGAGUGAGAAGAGUUGCCAAGCAACGGAGCAGGUGACUAGGAAAGAAGGGGUUGUUGCUGGGGUUGUUGGAAACGUUGUCUCAUUCUGUGAAUGUUAUGAGGACAGGUGGGUCGAGGUGGAUGGAAGGGGGAGAUAUAUACUACAACACAAACAACUAAAACGGGAUUCUCCAACCCUGUUCCUGGAGAGCUACUGUCCUGCAAAAACUCCAGGAGGGUAGCUCCAACUCCCCUACCAGGAACUGGGUUGAAGAACUUUGGACUAAAUGAAGUGAUGGACGGAUGUGGACGGACACUGUGACUUGGAGGGAGGUAUGGGGAUCCUCUCUCAUAGAUGUAACCUUUAAUCAUCAUUAUUUAAUGUGUUAUUUUGUUAUCAGUCCAGAGGCACUUCACCAUGAGUCCACUGUUGGCUUUUUUUAAAUCAAACACGAAGACGCAGGUUAACUAAAAAGCAAUCUCUUCACUGGAACACCAACAUUCUCCAACCAGCUUGAAGUUUGCUAAUAAUAAUGUAUUUAGGGACCAAGAAGCCGCUUUUGUUCGUGACUGUUCCAUUAUGGUGGCUGUUGUAUGUUUGUGGGAACUGGGGACUGACCAAAUCAACUGGGGGAGCACAUAUCAAGUAAAUGUUUGACCCUUCGUCCCUUAGUACUAUCCUAUAGGUGGCAGUAUUGGUUAACCUAUCUGGCUUGUGAAAGACAACCAAAGCCUAAUUCACGACAAAGGGCUUUUCUGAUUGUCAUCUGAAAUUUUCUUAUGUAUUAUCAGUCUCCCUUUAACGCAGCACUCCCCAAUUCGGCAACUAUUAGGGCACUAGCUGUGGCAAAUUUGUCUCGAGGGAGAAAACCUCAACUCAGAAUUUUGGUUUAACUGAUUAAUUCCUGUAUUGUUUUGCCCCAUUCAAAGAAAUCCAAAUUGUGGUUUUCCUUUUUCUCAUUGUUUGACUUGAUAAGAAUGUUAAACUGAUUUGAACUGAAAAGGUGAUGCAGGUUGAAUGCCCAUAGUGUCUUAUUGUCCACUUAAAACAGCUGGUAAGAAGAUGUGUGUGUCUUGAUGCUAAUUUAUUUUUGUAUUGUAACCAGAUAUUUAUUUAAAUGUGGUCCGUACAGACAGCACUCAAAUAUUAGAUGCUGCUAGCAUAUAAGUUUAGUUACAAUACUAUAACAACAUAUUCAGCAACUGUUUAUAUAUUUUAUUUAGCAAUUAUGAUGCAACACACAUUGAUUAGCCUACCUAUUGAUCAAGGUUUGAGGUGUUACGUUGUCACUACCUGUUUAACAUUUCGGACAGGAAGUCCUGAUUUUGACAUUUGUUUCUCCGGGACCUUCUCUGCACCUGAAGUCUACAGUCUGUAAAUGCGUGAAUUUCCAGGAUGCAGGAUAUUCCAUGUCCCUUUUCAAUAAGUCUGUGAGGGCGUGGUGGCGUAGUGCAGCCUUAGUCAAAGUGCAAGACACUGGGAGACACGGCAUCAGCAAGUGUGGGAGUGCUCUGUCUCCAGGGCCGCAGAAUGGAGAAAAAUAUCUGCAAUGGGAUAGGGCAAUGGUCUGUGUGAAUGAGGACCUGUGUGCAUGAGGUCUCAUUUUGCUCCAUUACAUUUAAACUGAAAUGUGCAAACACUUCCACCACCAAGCUUCCUCUCACUGCACUUAAACAAGAAACACUUAAUAAUGCACUUUAAGGUAAUUUUCUUUAACUUGAACCAGACUUGAAUCUCUUUUUUUUUCUCACUGAAAUCAAAUGAGGGAUUGCUGGCAUUGCAUUGUGGUGUUUUUUUUAUCAUACAUUUGACUGAAAUGAUUCAUAUUAAAGGCCCAGUGCAGUCAAAAACAAGAUUUUCUUGUGUUUUAUAUGUAUAUUUCCAAACUGACGUUGGAAUAAUACUGUGAAAUUGUGAAAAUUAUAAUGCCCUGUUAGUAUAAGAGCUGUUUGAAAAGACUGCCUGAAUUUUCAGCUUGUUUUGGUGGGAUGGAGUUUGGCCUUCCAUGGUGACAUCACCAUGCUGUAAAUUAGUUAAUAGACCAAUAAUGAGUUCCAAACCUCUCCGCCCAUAACAGCACAUUUUCUGUUUUCCCCUUCUAACUCAGACCAUUCCCAGACAGUCGAGGGCGAAAUUCUUGCUUGAGAAAUUGCUCUUUGAUAAGAAGCUAUUUUUGUUUAUUUUUGAUCAUUUUAAUUGAAAACAAUCCCAGUAAGGUACUUAAUUGUUACCCAGAAAUUAUUUGAUUUUGAGAUAAAAAUGGCUGCAUUGGACCUUUUAAGUGUUAUAUGGAGCGUGAAUCAAGGCUGAUAUAUUAUUUGUUGUCAGGAUUAAUGUCUCAAAAGCUGUUUGUCCUGUAUGCUGAAGGCCUUAUUUUACCUGAGAUCCAUGAAUCGACUUUUUGAUUCAUGGACUCAGUUUCCAGAGGAUGGAGAGAGAAAUUGGUUUAAGUCAUUUAUUUUGUUCCAUCCUCAGGGAGAAUUUAGUAGUUUGGGGCUAACACAUUUUCUCAUUAUUCCCCCUGUCAAUGUUUCCCAGUGUUCGCUAGGCAGUGUCAGUUUCCCUAGUCUUCACUGUCCUCUCACUGCAUGUAUUUAUAAAGGGGAAAUUAUAUGCAUAAAAAUGUUGACACAUGGUUGUCAUUAUUUGGCUAAAGGCUUUUUCUGCUUGGCACAGCUCCACAAAAAUAAGUUAUCUUUUACACUUUUGCUUUAGUGCAAAUAUCAGAGCCUGAAUCCAUAUAUUCUGUCCACAAGAGGAUGGAAAAGGCUGUCUAUAGUGUUGUACUCCAACUAAGGAUACCACUCCAUACUGCCUGAAAUGUAGCGCAUGCUCCUGCAUUGACGAGCAGGCAAUCAGACUCAUCGCUUUUGUAAACUUGAAAUGCACUGCACAUGGUCCCCCCGUUUAUUGCUUUAGGCUGAAAUGUAUAGUAUCUAUAUAUUAGUCUUUUAGAUGGUCUCUUUUGAAUCAAAAUAGCUCAUUCAUGGUAUCUAAAUAUUUUACAAAAAGUAUACAGACUAAAUCCUGACUAUAUUUAAAAAAGUAUUAAAAUAUGUAAUUGAAAACAAUUGU